AUGCCUGACUACAACAAUUUCAUUAAAUGUGGAGAAAUCUUAAAAUCGCCGACUAUCAAUGAAAAGGAACAAUUUGUUUUUCGUUGUGGAUGCUAUGCUGACCAUUAUAUUGAGUUGCAGUCAUUUGUAAUUCCUCCAUGUUCAAAGCGUUUCCAAGAAAGUUUAGUCAAUUUUGAAACUAAUAGCCUGGGGCAUAAUGUAAAUGCCAAUAUUAAAUAUGAAGAGGAUAAUAUAAACGUUGAAGAUGUGGACCCUUUGAAUGCCUUAUAUGAAGAUACCAAGAAUCCAGAGAUUAAAGAGGAAACUACAUUAAAUGAACCCGAAGAGUGUUUUAAUCAGCAAGAUAAUAUAUUCGAAGACCCCGAAAAAGAUGAACAGCUAUCAACUGCUUCAGAUGAUGCCAAUUGGGAAAACCUGGAAUCUGAUAAUGAGUCUGUGGAAUCCGAAGAUAGCGAUUCACCACUAUUUGUUCAUAAUUUUAUUAAAUCCCAGCAAAAUGUUAUAUCCCUUAUCGAAGAAUACAAAAGUUAUCCAAUACUUUGGAAACAAAAAUCUCCACAAUAUAGAUUGAAAAAACAUCAUAACAAAUAUUUGGAAAAAAUCAAAGAAGACUUAAAGGAAAAACAUAGUCUACAAAUGUCCCUGACACAAAUUGCAGCAGUCAUUACCUAUCUGUAUCGUAAAUAUAGACAUGAUUUUAAACGCAGCAUAUACGAUGCCACAACCACCCUCGAUGAAAAAACUCAGCCUGCAUGGUUUUUGCCUCACAUGGAAUUCCUUAAACCCAUAGUUGAAAAAACUUUCAAUACAACAAUAACUACUAACACAACCCCCGAAUGUAAUCUACAACCCGAACAAAUAAUACAAGUUUUGGGAAUAUAUGAACGUUUUCCACAUCUUUGGAAUACCGAUUUAAUAGAAAAUGUUUGUAAAAAUAAACGCAUGGAAGCCAUCGAAGAAAUGCGAAAAGUCAUUGAACAGGAAAUGAAUCUUGAGAUUAGCGGAAGUGCCCUACAGGGCUAUCUACAUUUUAUGCACAAUCAUUUUAGUAAACUAAAACGUUGUCAUCUUAUAGAGGCUAAACCGAAGCCAGAUAAAUAUUUCAAACACAUGCAAUAUCUUAAUGACCACAUUGGACCUUUUCAAUGUCGUGAAUGUGCCCAAAUAUUCAAAAGUCCAUUGACGUUUAAAGUCCACAAAUCUCAACAUGAUGGUUCGGAGGCAAUACGUUGUUCGCUGUGCCAAAAAGAAUAUAGUAAUCCCGGCCCAUACAUUGCUCAUGCCCGCCGCCACAUGAAUGACUUGAAUGAAGAAUGCUCGGAGUGUGGUAAAAAGUUUUUGGUAGCCAGCGAUUUGAAAAUUCACAUGCGUUCACAUACCGGGGUCCAGCCGUAUUGUUGUGAAAUAUGCGGCAUUUCAUUUCGUCACAGCACAUCGUUAAAUGUUCAUCGUCGUCGUCACGAAGAGCAGUAUUUACAUAAGUGUCCAAUCUGUUCGAAGGGUUUCUAUAAAAAGGAUCGUAUGAAUGAUCACAUACGAUCGCAUAAUAACGUACGUGAUUUUGCAUGUGCAAUUUGUGGCAAAGCUUUUAAAACCCGCAAAACUCUCAAGCAACAUGAGGUGAUACAUGAUGAUGCGAGGAAGCAUGUGUGUUCACUGUGCGGCAAGGCGUUUAAACUUAAAGUUGGUCUGCUGCAGCAUAUGCGGACACAUGGUGGCCAAAUAUAA